AUGGGCACAGAGGGACUCCUGUCCCCUGAGGUGCUGUGGCUGCUGCUCUGGGUGCAGCUGUGCAGAGGAUUUGUCCGGCUGGUGGAAGGGAAGAGCCGCUGCUCAGGACGUGCGGAGAUCCGUGAUGGGGACCAGUGGAAAACCGUCUGUGAUUCCCACUUUGGUCCCAAAGCUGCUGACGUGGUCUGCAGGGAGCUGCAGUGCGGCGUGGCCCUGCCUGUCACUGGAGGAGGUCACUUUGGAGAAGGGGUCGGUCCCAUCUGGGAUGGAGCGCUGCAGUGUGUGGGGAAUGAAUCCCUCCUGGCCUCCUGCCCCAGAGGGUCCCCCAGGGACCAGCCCUGCACCCACGUGAACAGCGCUAUUGUCACCUGCACAUUGUUUGAAGGUGCUGCGGAGGUGAGGCUGGCGGAUGGCGGCAAACACUGUGCCGGGAGAGUGGAGGUGAAACACAGGGGCCAGUGGGGGACCGUGUGUGGUGACGACUGGAGCAUGGAUGAUGCUGCAGUGGUUUGUACGCAGCUGGACUGUGGGUCUGCUGUUGGAGCGCCUCAGUACGGACACUUUGGGCCAGGAUCCGGCCCCAUUUGGAUGGAUGAUGUUGGCUGUAAUGGCACUGAGUCUGCCCUGUCUGACUGCACACACGGAGGAUGGGGUGAACAUGACUGUGGUCACGGUGAGGAUGCUGGAGUGACGUGUUCAGGAUUUGUCCGGCUGGUGGAAGGGAAGAGCCGCUGCUCAGGACGUGUGGAGAUCCGUGAUGGGGACCAGUGGAAAACCGUCUGUGAUUCCCACUUUGGUCCCAAAGCUGCUGACGUGGUCUGCAGGGAGCUGCAGUGCGGCGUGGCCCUGCCUGUCACUGGAGGAGGUCACUUUGGAGAAGGGGUCGGUCCCAUCUGGGAUGGAGCGCUGCAGUGUGUGGGGAAUGAAUCCCUCCUGGCCUCCUGCCCCAGAGGGUCCCCCAGGGACCAGCCCUGCACCCACGUGAACAGCGCUAUUGUCACCUGCACAUGUAAGAAUUCCGGAUUUGUCCGGCUGGUGGAAGGGAGGAGCCACUGCUCAGGACGUGUGGAGAUCCGUGAUGGGGACCAGUGGAAAACCGUCUGUGAUUCCCACUUUGGUCCCAAAGCUGCUGACGUGGUCUGCAGGGAGCUGCAGUGUGGUGUGGCCCUGCCUGUCACUGGAGGAGGUCACUUUGGAGAAGGGGUCGGUCCCAUCUGGGAUGGAGCGCUGCAGUGUGUGGGGAAUGAAUCCCUCCUGGCCUCCUGCCCCAGAGGGUCCCCCAGGGACCAGCCCUGCACCCACGUGAACAGCGCUAUUGUCACCUGCACACAGUACACAGGGUUCAGGCUGGUGAACGGCAGCACGCCAUGUGCAGGGAGGGUGGAGGUCCAGGUGCUGGGGACCUGGGGGACCCUCUGUGCCUCCCACUGGGAUCUGUCGGAUGCCCACGUUCUCUGUCAUCAACUCAACUGUGGGUUUGCCGAGUCCAUUCCUGGAGGAGAGUAUUUUGGGAGAGAGACUGGCCCUGUCUGGAGAGACUCAUUCCACUGUGACGGGACUGAAGCCCACCUGGGUCAGUGCCCAGUGAUCACCCUGGGGGCCUCACCAUGCUCCCACGGGAGCAACGCUGCUGUUAUUUGCUCAGGGCACGAGGCCAACCUGACCCUCUGCAACACCUCCCUGCCUGAGAGUGCACUGGCGGCAGGGGUUGCGGAGGACGUGGGAGUCAUUUGCUGGGGGAGCCGGCGGGUCCGGCUGGUGAACGGGGCUGGGCGCUGCGCCGGGAGAGUGGAGAUCUACUACCAGGGCAGCUGGGGGACUGUCUGCGACGAUGGCUGGGACCUGUCUGAUGCUGCCGUCGUUUGCCACCAGCUGGGCUGCGGAGGGGCAGUGGAGGUGGCUGGCUCUGCUCAGUUUGGGGAAGGCUCCGGGCAGAUCUGGCUGGAUGGCGUGAACUGCUCCGGGGCCGAAGCUGCUCUCUGGGACUGCCCUGCCAGGCCCUGGGGGCAGCACGACUGCGGGCACAAAGAGGAUGCGGGAGUCGUCUGUUCAGAGCUCGUGGCCCUGAGGCUGGAGAACAGUGACGGCUGCUCUGGGCGCCUGCAGGUUUUCUACAACGGGACAUGGGGGAGCAUUUGCUCCAACUCGAUGACUCUCGACACGGUGUCGCUGGCAUGCAAGGAGCUGGGCUGCGGAGACAGAGGAUCCCAGGAAACAGGCCUGCCCUAUGGUAGGAUGUCUGGCCCCGCGUGGCUGGAUAAGGUGCAGUGUGGGGAGAAAACCAGCUCCUUCUGGCAGUGUCCCUCGGCUCCCUGGGACCCACAGUCAUGCGAAGACCUGCGAGACGAGGUCCACAUCAUCUGCAACGGGCUCUGCCAGCUGUCUCAGUGCCAUGGGAGGUCUUUGCCUUCUCCAGACAGGGAGAAGAUUCGUGCAGUGGGAGGCGAGGACGGGUGCUCAGGCAGAGUGGAGGUCUGGCACCGUGGCUCUUGGGGGACAGUGUGCGAUGACUCCUGGGACAUGCGGGAUGCUGAAGUGGCGUGCAGGCAGCUGGGCUGUGGCCCCGCAGUGUCUGCCCUGCAUGAGGCUGCGUUUGGGAUGGGGAUGGGCCCCAUCUGGCUGGAGCAGGUGGAGUGCCAGGGGACAGAGCUGUCCUUACAGGACUGCUGGGCCCGGCCCGGGGACAGCGGUGUUUGCCGGCAUAAGGAAGAUGCUGCCGUGCGCUGCUCAGAUCCCACCCGAGGCCGUCUGACCAGCAGUGGGAGAGUCUCAGUGCCCGUCAUCAUCUGCAUCAUCCUGGGGGCCCUUCUCUGCCUGCUCCUGGCCCUCCUGGCUGGGCAAGUGCUAAGCGCCAGGGCUGGGCGCAGAGGCUCCUGGAGAGCUCAGGAACCAUUCCCCGAGGCCGUGUAUGAGGAGGCUGGUUACAGCCCAGCGUGGGAGAAGCAGGCGAGGUUUGGUCGCUCAGGCUCCUAUUCAGAGGAGUCCCUGACCCAGCUGCAGCCCUACCCUGGCGUGAGCGAGGAGGAGGAUGGUCUGGGAUCAGCACCAGGGGGCAGCCUGCACUCCCAGAGAAGUGCCGGGGUCCCUGGAGCUGAAGGAGUCACCUCGUCCCUGUCCCUGGGGAGUACGGGCUAUGAUGAUGCUGAAGAGGUGUCUCUGGCACAUCCCUGUGAGGACACAAAGGCUGUGACACCGGAGCUCAGUGCACAACAGUGCCUGAGCCCCAGCCCAGGAGAGCCCAACCCUGCUGUGCCGCUGGGUGCAGCCAGGAGGGAGGAGAGGUCUGUGCAGCUGGGAGAGCUGUGA